CGGGGACGGACAGACGAACCGUGAUCUGCGCGGGUGAGGCGGUGAAGAGUUCAGCGGUUGGCUCGCGCAGUUCUAGACUAUUUCGGCACCGAUCCAGACGGGCAGUCCUUCGGCGGUUCUGGAUGAGUCGGAUCGUCGUAGAUUUGGUGCAUGCAGUGACGAAUGUUCUACCUACGACGGUAUCAUCGCUAAGGUGACGAGUGUUCGUGAAGAGGUCAGGUCAGUCUAGUAAGUGAACUAGGCAUAAAGAAGGGCGUACCCAUUCGCCAGUAGUGUUCACGGUCAGUGGUUGGUGUGGCCUUGAAAAUCUGAAGGGCGUCAAAGGGGAAAACAAAGGAAAUAAAUCCGAGUCAUCGGUUAUUGUGGGGAUUACACGUGGUCUCGUGGCCGAAGUGGUCGUAGAAGAGAGGCCGUCAAAGUGUGGCGAUGACGAAGGUGACGACGCAGUGAAGGUGACAAAUGGGAUGUCUGGGUGCAUAUGAAAGUGAUUUUUUUUCUGGUGCAUAUAAUUGAGUGGUAGAGAAGACGUAAUUGGAUUGAAAAACGGCGUGAAUAGAUGUGGGAAGUGUUUGAAAAAGAAUAACAAGAAUAUCCUGAGAAGAGUUAGUGAACCAUGUUGAAAAAGUGCACUUUCAUCCGGUAGAGUUUCUGCUAGUUGGUGUGGCGGAAAAUUGCAACACCAGUUUCUCGCGCAAAAAUUGGAGUCACCUGGAUCAUCAUUCCAUUCAUCCCAUGCUGCGGUCGCCACAUCCAUAACACCCAUUUGAACGAAACUUGGGAAUCAGGUCCGGAAAAAAGUGGUAGCGCAAUUGGAACAUCUGAAUCGACUCAUUGGAACAACUGUGGCAACAGUGCUAAAAAAAGCAGAGAAAGAAGCAAAAUUCUUCAAAUCAAAGUUACAUCGAAAUUCAGCCCUUUUCUGGUCUCACCAUCCCAAAAAGAAUCGGAAAGAAGAAAUUAAAAAUUGUGGCCUCGUAUGAAAUUCUAAAUUUAAAGUGCUUUUAGUGAUUGUUUUUGAAGUUUUUCAUUGAAACAAAAAAUGCAAGUGAAUUUCAUUGUUUAUGUUUUAGUAGUGUGGUGAUAGUUGUUGAAUCAUUUCACAAAGACACAUUCAGUUGUUCAUCCGCGUCUUGAAAUCGUAGUUGUGUGCUUGUCAUUUGUUCUAAAUCAUGUUCACUGUGUCAAGUGAAGCAAUACACGUUUGUUGACACCACCACCACGCACAACCUCAUAUAUCACCUCAUCCAACCAUAGACGACAGGAAGAAAACCAAUAAACGCAAAUCGAGAGGCUGACAGCACCACUUUACUCCUCAAAAAGAAAAGCACUCACAACUAGUUGAGUCUCAAGUUCGAAAGACGAGUUACGCAAAAAGUGUAGCAGAGAGGAAAAUGCCGAAAAAUUUGCGACCCCCCUCGUCGACCAACGCCUACGGCCGAAUCGGGCUGGUACCGGAGUCGGACGAUUCCCUGCACAGUCAGGAAAUGGACCCUCAGGUGACGGAGGCAUCGCUCGAGAUAUGGCGCACACUACCGGCCGCGAUCCGGCAGGACCCCAGCUUGGCCUCGUUCCGGCAGGAGCACGAGCGGUUGCACGGUCCCGAUGACGAUCCGCUGCCGAACGAAGACUGUUCGGCGGACGACGGAGAUGACAAUAGCAAGGAGUUUAUCACAAUCAAAGUCACAAACCCUAGUCAGAAUGGGGGGGACGGAACGGACAGCGCCAGUGGUAAACUGACGGCAACGACGACAGCGACGGCCACCCCAUCGCCCCGCGCCGGAAACAAACACCAACAGAAUGGGGAAAAGCACGGCCACAACGCGACUAUGGAUCACGGUGGCGAAGGGGACGAACACGAGGUCACCAUGCACAGUAUGCAUGGACAUCCGCACCAGCAGCACGGCAAGGUGUUUAGCACCGUGAAGAUCUCCGCACUGCUGGUGGUGUGGCUCAUCUUCACCGGGUUUCUGAUGUCCAAGAACGAGAAGGAGCUGGAACCCCGCCAGAUGUCGAUCCCGGAGGGGAGGAUCAGGACAUACAUUCUUCCGGACUCACCCCCUGGAUCAAGGGUAGGAAUCUACCUCAAAGGUGCCUUCCUCAACGACCAGCAGCACAACAUGACGAGCAACUACGUCUCGGUGAACCUGCAGCUGCUGUACACCAAUAGCAAUACCUCUAACCUUACCAACAUCCAAGAUCAUGAUGUAAAACAUGUGGAGAACGUUACCGACGCCUGGUUGGUACCGGUUCCGGCCUAUCCCGACCAGAUGGACCGAAUGGACGAGAUCACGCGCAAACACGUGUUCGACAUCGGCACUGCGAGCCAUAGAAAGGUGGCCAACGGGAAGGCGGUCAUCCGUGUGCACAUGUCCAGCAACGUGGAGGCCGACGUUCCCGUCAAGUUCACCUACGACUCGACACCGAUCGACAAGGAAACGGGCGUCAUCUACGCUGCGAUCGUACUGCUAGGACUGUACGUUCUCAUCAUUUGGGAGAUAGUGAACCGUACGUUCGCAGCCAUGAUUGCGUCCACGUUGGCCAUCGGUGUCCUCGCCGCUAUGGACGAACGGCCCAGUAUGCCGAAGUUGAUCUCGUGGAUCGACGUGGAAACGCUACUACUGCUGUUCGGAAUGAUGAUCAUGGUCGCGAUCCUUUCGGAGACCGGUAUCUUUGAUUUCUUGGCAGUAUACGCCUACCAGGUCACCAACGGUAGAGUUUGGCCACUGAUCAACUGUCUGUGCAUCUUUACGGCCGUCCUGUCGUCGUUCCUGGACAACGUUACUACCGUACUUCUAAUGACACCGGUCACGAUAAGGUUAUGCGAGGUGAUGGAGUUAAAUCCGGUGCCGGUGCUGAUGUCGAUGGUGAUCUACUCGAACGUCGGAGGCACACUGACGCCGGUGGGCGAUCCGCCAAAUGUCAUCAUUGCCUCCAACAGUUACAUCUCCAAAAAUGGAGUCAACUUCGCCACCUUCACCCUGCACAUGGCAAUCCCGAUCGCGAUCGUGAUGGUCACGACGUACUUCCAGCUGCGCAUGAAGUUCAAGACGAUCAGCGAUCUGCGGUUUAGCGAACCGCAGGACGUGCAGGAAAUUCGCCACGAGAUCGCCGUCUGGCAACGUGCAGCCGCGUCGCUGUCGUCCUACUCCAAGGACGAAGAUCUGGUACGCGAAACGCUGCUCAAAAAGGUCAACAAGCUGUCCCGAUCGCUGAAGAAGAAACUGGUCAGCGGCUCGGUACCGGUCGAAUACAAAGCCACCCUGGAGGAGCUCAAGAACAAGUACCCGAUCAGGAACAAGGUGCUGCUGGUCAAGUCUGCGGUUACACUGGCGUUCGUGAUCACGUUCUUCUUCUUGCACUCGGCCCCGGAUAUCCAGAAGUUGUCCCUCGGUUGGACCGCCCUGCUGGGAGCCGUACUGCUGCUGAUCCUUGCCGAUAGGGAAGACAUCGAAUCGGUGAUCGCCCGCGUCGAGUGGUCCACCCUGCUGUUCUUUGCUGCCUUAUUCAUCCUGAUGGAAGCGCUCGCCGAGCUCGGGCUGAUCGAGUGGAUCGGAAAGCAGACGGAGAAUGUUAUUUUAUCCGUAUCGGAAGAAUCUCGUUUAGCUGUUGCCAUAUUACUCAUUCUCUGGGUUUCUGCAUUCGCAUCCGCCUUCGUCGACAACAUCCCGCUGACGACGAUGAUGGUCAAGAUCGCCAUCGGCCUGGCCGAGAACGAAGCGCUCGAUUUGCCCCUGAAACCCCUCGUCUGGGCACUCGCCUUAGGAGCCUGCUUAGGAGGUAACGGUACCCUGAUCGGUGCCUCCGCCAACGUAGUGUGCGCCGGUGUUGCUGAGCAACACGGCUAUAGGUUUACCUUCAUAGAAUAUUUCAAAGUCGGUUUCCCAGUGAUGGUCGGCAGCGUUAUCGUGUCCACCGUGUAUCUGCUGUUCGCCCACGUAGUCUUCACCUGGCAUUGAUCCGCUGGGAUCCGGAAUCUUAUGCCGUCAUCGAGUCCUCGUGCGCUGCCAUAAUUACGAAGGUCGACGUCCACUGAGAGCGCUUCCCAGAGAGCCGCUGCCGCCGUCGGACCGGACCACGCGCGACUGGAAAGAGUAGAACAAAUGAUGUGAUAUCCUUCCGAGAAAUCCCAAUCAGCUGUUUAGAAAUUACACCUACUGUUUACGUUAACGAUCAUUAGCAUUAGUAUAAAAAAGAGGGAAGCAGAGCAGACCCUGGCGCACAGAACUAAGAGAGCAAAGCUGAAACCCCCCUCCGCCAAGCGGACAAAAACGUCAAUUUCACCCGAAGCAGCCCUUCCCAGGCAGGGCUGACCUAGUUUAGACCCUAAGAUAUCAGAGUAGGCUUGGCUUAUCGCAGCAAAGCGGAAACUCCUCUGGCUCCGAUUGCAUGAAAACUCCCCGCCCUCUUCGAUCCCUGAAAAUCUACCCUUUCCCAAUUUCUACUCUUUUUUUUUCGUUUCAAUGCUCGUUUACUCAUUAAGUCCCUUGUUCACCUUGUUCAUAACAAACUAGAUGCUAGUGAAUAUUUUUUGUCCUGUUUAUUUUCUGUUUUGUAUUGAAUAUUUACAAACUAAAGUGUUGAAACUAGUUACGUAGUAUCUCAGCUCUAAAAAAUUAUAUAUAUUUGAGUUAGUUAGUUCAAAAUAGCUAGAAAAUUAGCUGAUUACAACACAACUGUAUAUUAAAUAUCUUAUUUAAAAUAAAAAUAAAAGAAAGCAGAAACGACAUUCCACAACAAAAAAGAAACUAAACCUCUCCAAGGGAGUAGAGAAAGAAAUGUCUAAAAACAAUCGAACGUCGCUUGUAGCAAGAAAGAAAAACACAAAAAGAGACAAGUUUAUGAUAAGAAAAGAGAAACUGGAGUAUAUUUUUAGAAAUUAAAUUUACCGUUAGAGCAGCAAGGAUCUGGAAUGCUACACUUCCAUCACGGAAGUCAGCAGCUAGAGAAGAAAGUGCUUUGCAAAUAUGGAUGCAACACUCGCCGGAAAUGUUAUCGAGAGUCGAUCAAUAAAAAUGCUGUCAACUACUAAUGUUAUUUAAAAAUUACUGUUUGAAUAAAAAAGUAAAAAUCAACUAUACACAAAACAGUUCAAAUUGCAUUCAACAACCAGUUGCCAUAUGUUAAAUCGUUUGGUUUCGAUUGGGUCUGCUAGGAACUCUCCGAUGAAAAAAAAACUUAUCGAAUCAGGACCGAAGUGGGGCGGAAGAGGCAUAAGCAUUGGAUACCAACAGAAGAAUUAUGAGCGGUGUCGAUCAACACUACGAUGCGAGAUUUGAAGACAGAGGACAACCCUAAACGAAUUUAGGCUCAUAGCCACCGCAAACCCAAAGUUUGCGAAACGCUGACGUCGGGCACGCAUUGUGUCUUCUCACCAGUUGUGGGGGGAAAGAGUAUCCUGUACAGUUGUUAUAUUAUCCUUGCGGAUAGAAAACUCGGCGCAAAGAGACACCAGUAGUGAAACGGAAAGAGACAGAGAUCAGAGAACACCAUCCAUGGGAAUGAGAUAGAGAGCGGAGCGAGCGUGAAAAGAUUUAAAUCUAAUAGAAGAAACGAACUAACAGCGAGAAUGGGAAUAAAACAGUUGUGGCAACCUGUUUGUGCAGAGAAAUAGGACAAAUGCGACGAAGAAAGUAGGAAAUUUAUAUUUGAAUCAAUGCAAAACAAAAAAAAGAGAUAAUAAAAGUGCAUAAAAUAAGA